CAAACACUAUUGCACCCAUCACGCACACCGACCCGUCCCGACCGCGACGCCGAGCACGACUUUGACCUUUUCGACAGGGAUUUCCCUCCGAGACCGAGCACAUCCUUCUCUAUCGGUCAGAAGGGUCACAGCUACGAGCGCGUCGGAGGCGCCGCCCUUUGCUUGCAGCACGACCAUGCUAUAGGAUAGCGGAGCUUGCACUUCUUCACGAUGGCCGAGGGAGGACUGUGGGAGGCCUUACAGGCUCUUCAUAGAGAUCUUGUGUUGGCUACCGAGACAAAUAGGGAAGAAGGCGAGGAGCGGCGGCGGUAUCCUCUGGGUCAGAUCGUACAGGCGCCAUUGCUCGACGAGCUCGCUGGUCGUUUUCGGACAUUGCUCGACAAACCGUCACGCUCCCAAGGCAGUCGAGAUGCGGUCCUGUCAGGCAAACUCGUUCUAUCCGAGACAGAAUGGACAUUGAACAAGGACUUCCAGGAGAUCGCCCUCCAAGUCGCCGAUGAGCUCGAUUUGGACGAAAAACAGGCAGCCGCACUGGUCCUCGAGUCGGAAGAGUACGAAAAGGAGCUUGGGAGGUCAAGACAGGAGAGCGCCAUUAUUCGUUUUCAUCAACAACGGCUUUAUCUUCUCAGCUGCAUGCGUCUUCUCCUUGACCUUACCAAAGGCGACGAUCAUGGCGACGACGACGACGAGAUUACCAGCCAGCUCAGAGAAUAUGUCGACGCCAACAUCCUCCGAGGGAGCACACAGGGCGCCGGGACAACUGGCAAGGCCACACGCUUCGUGCCUGCAUGCAUCACUGCCAUGCGCGACAUCAAGACUUGGUUGUCUAAGCUGGUUGAAAGGGCGGCAGGCGCUUCCGUCAUUGGCUUCAACUCUGAUUCCCAAAGUCUUGAGACGCACGAGUUUCAGCGUGUCAGUCUUGUACAGCAACAUGAGCUUCUGUCUAGCAUCCUCUGCUAUGCAAUUGAAAGAAGGAAAGCUAGCGAAGAGGACUUUUCCGACUUUGUCAUCGCCUUGAGACGGGUGGACAAAUAUGACUUCUCACUGGUGCACCAAAUGCCCAUCCUUGGCACCUUCAUCACGGUAUUCGGUUCGACUGAAGGCAGUGGGUACGUCGAGCAGGCAAGAAAGCUCAACGACGUCGUUUGCGGUCCGCCCGAUGACGCCGCCCGGCUCACCUACCUCGGCGCCGCGAUUAGAGCGUGGUGGGUGGCAGAAUACAGCGGAUGGUAUCUCGAAGAUGCUCCUGGCUCUGUACUGGCAGGCGUCAAUGUUGAUGCUGAGGAUCGCGAACGAUCAAAAAUAUUUACAGAAGCCCUCAGAGACGGGGCAUUCGACUUUCUGCUUGCACUUGUUGCAGACGCCACAACCUCCGAAUGGCAGGAUCCCGCGCGUGCGCGCUUGUGUACCUGGCUGAGAAGUCGAACGCCUGCCUUGCCGCCAGACACUGUUCCUUUCUCCGACUUCCUCCAAAACCAGCUCAAAGUCAAACUUGACGCCUUCGUGGAUGCCUUCAUUUCCAAUAUGCCGGAUGUUUUAAGACGACUGCGGUCUGAGGAGGACGAACAGCGGCAGAUGCGACCGGUCCAGGAGCAGCCAUUGGAUCUUGAGCGCUUCUUGUUAAUCAUUGCCUAUGCCUAUGAAGCUCGGCCGGAGGCUGCCGAAGCGUUCUGGUCUGAUCCAGACAGCAAUCUGGCGGGCUUCCUCCACUGGGCGUCGCGGCGCGCCUCCACUCCUCUCAUGACUGCCUUCUGUGAAAUGCUGCAGUGCCUCUCGGAAGACCCCGAGUCAGCAACGGCUGCGCAUAAUUUCUUAUUGGAUGAUGGCCACAAUGCAUCUGGCAAAAUGAGACAGCCGCUUUCUCUCACAUGGGCGCAGAUCCUGAAAGAGCUGGAGUACUUCGUCAACAAGACCCGGGAGCAGCCUUUGGCUAGCCAAGCCACGACAGCACGCACAAACAAGAUUGCUGCGGACCAGCUCGAGGUAGAACCCGAGACGGCGACCAUGAUCGAGUGCUACUUACGACUGAUGGCGAAGCUUGCGAGCAACAGUGAAGAUGCCAGGCUAUUCCUCCAUGGCCACCCAAAACUGACGGAUUUGCUGUUGCAGCUCGUUUGCAGCAUGUGCCAACACUCAACUAGGGCGUGCGCAUUCAGGGCUUUGGGCUCUUUCAUCAACCGCAAGACGUUGGCGGACAGCUAUGCGAUGUGGACCUCCCUGGAAGCCUGCCUCACUGGCGCCUUCAUUCCCACAUCGUCCGCAAGGCAACCCGGUACUGCAGGGGCCCUGCCUCCAUCCUAUUACAUGGAGGCGCUGUUUCAAGAGAUCAGCUCGUACGCUGACGAGGCCAGCUCCUUUGUCCAGCUCCUCACAACCUUGACAACGCUCCCUGAGGGAUAUGCUCCACUCAACGAUGUACUCCCGUUCCCAGAAGACCUGGGUUCUUCGACACGGAUUCACUCUGGCAUCGAGCCUUACAUCGACUUUGUUCUCGGCCAUCUCUUCGCCGUGAAGGUCUCAGAGGCUACAGAUACGAUUCAGAAGAGGAUUCUGCGCUUCGUCUGCCUCGACUUUGCGCUCACAUGUGUUUCAUCCUUCAACGAAGAUCUGGUCGUCUUCGGCAGUCAGGCAAACAUCGCCAUCGAUUCAUCUGUGUCGACGAAGAACCUCGCCACUUUCGUCAGCCUGCAUCCAUUCUCUCGCGUCAUGGAAUGGAUGUACGAUAGCAGAUUUAUCAGAAGCCUCCUCGAAGUGAUCAACCAGCCUGCAGCAGACAUUGGCCGCGCGGAACCGAACUCGCCACUCAUUCUCGGCGUGCUCCGUGCUGUUCAGCUGGUGUCGAAAGUACUAGACUUGCAAGCGACGUACCUCGAUUUGGUACGACCCAUCACCAAGCCGCAGAGCAAGCGCCAGAGCCAUUCUCCCUACAUGCCGACAUCAAACGGUGCCUUCGCGUCGAUUGAGGACGGGCUGCUUACAAGCCUGACUCUGGUGUCUGAUCUUGGCGGCUAUUGUGGAAUUGGCCAUCCAGAGCUGACCCUUGCCAGUCUCAAGCUCCUCGAGCGAAUCUCGACGUCCGCGCGUAUUGUCUCGGCGUGGGAGAUGGACGCGUAUGGCCAGCUCCGCCGCAAUAGAGCUAUCGUGGCUCUGGAGGAGUACGGAGCGGCAGACACGAUUGCCGGCUCGUUCCAAAACGAGCUGAGCACGCCACUGGACUCGAUCAGGCGCGCAGAUGCGCCUGAGUACAUGAUCAAAGUCUAUAUUCUCGACUUCUUGUAUACUUGCCUGCAAGCUAACCCUGACCGGCCCACCAUUGCUCAUCUUCUGCUCGGUUUCCAUUGUGAUGCCAGCUCACUCAGCAUAGAGCCCGGCAGCCCGUUUGACGAACGGACGAGUUUCUUCCAUUCGCUCCUGCCACUCCUGCUCGAAUUGCCGUCUCGGGACGAGAAUGGGGUAUCGCAGCAGUGGAUCAUCAAUCUCAAGUACAAAGUCAUGCGGCUCUUCAAGAUCUUAUGGACUUCGCAUCUGUCUGCGGGCCUUGUGCUCAGCGAGCUCCGAGAGAAUGAUUUUCUGCUGCACCUAAUGCUCGAUGGAAUCAUCGUGCAGCAAAGCACAUCGUGGGACGGGCCUCAGGCCAGUGGUGUUGACUUCCUUCUCACCCCUGCUGCACAAGGCUACGUAGACUACCUCGCAAUGCGAGCGAUGGCCAUGGACUACAUGACGCGAGAGCUAUGCAGCGUCUCGACGGGCCAGUCCCCCGCCCUCAAGCGACAAUACUUCGACGCUCUUGGCGGCCAGGUCAAAAUUGAUGGGUCGAACGAGCUCAUCCCAGUAGCAUCAGUGUUUGAAUUCCAAGAUUCCCAGACACAGGAAGCAAACUUUGAAGUUGCUGCGCCCAAGCUGGUCUUCCACGAGGGUAUCAAUCUGAGCAUAUGCCUCGAAGCAAACGACGAGUCCGGGAUGAUUUUCAACAUCAACAAAGUCCGAGAACUGCUCCUGCUGCGGAGGAACGAGUUGAGUUCCUCGGGACAGAUGAUAUCGCAGGCCGACCUUGCGCCGAUGGAAGUCGAGGAAGACUUCGUUGUUGAAUUCGCGACGCAGACGAACACACGAACCCAUAUGGCUGCUUACAGCCUCGAGGUGCUGCGUGCAUGGACGAGACUUCUCCUGGUCAUGACGGACUCGAACGACUACAAGGGUGCCAACAAGACAUCAUUCAUUCUGCAAACGCUGCAGGCCAUCCUGCCAAAUCUCGAACUGUACUCUACAGAGAUGCCCGUGGCUGCGUUCGAGCUCGCCGAGCUUGCCAAAGUACUGGUGUUCAAGCUCGACUUCGCUGCUAUGGCUUCGGCGGACCAGGAUAGUCGCGCAAUCGAGAGUCUGGUUAGCGACAAGCUCUUGCAGCUGCUGCAAGUCUGCCUCGGUGCCAUCACCCGGUGGAGUGGGGAUCCUGCCUUGCGCUCCAUAUACUACAGCAUCUGUUACCGGUACCUGACAAUGCUCAUCGACCACGGCGAGAGCGCCGCCACGGCCCGCCGCAAGACAGCCAAGAUGAUUCGUCUCUUUGGCGACAAACUCGUGACCGUCAUCUGCGAUGAUGCCUCGAGUGGCAUUCCUGCCUGCCAAGCAUCUGCUCUAAUUCUCCUCGGCACACUGGUGAACCUUGGACAGCAGGAAGGCGAUGCUUACGUGGUUGAGGCGCUUAACAAGCUUAAUUUCAUUGGAGUGCUCGUUGACUCGCUGCGGGAAGUGAUGCAGGAGUGGGUGGAAAUCAGUCAAUCAGGCAACUCUGAGCAGGAGCACUACCACAACGCCAAGCUUGCGCUGCUGUCACAGCUGUGCCAGACGCGGGAUGGCGCCAAGUAUGUCCUGCACGCUGGGCUGUUUCGCGCGAUCGAGCAGUCGGGCUUGUUCGGAGUCGAUCCGGAGCUGCAGGUGAGCUCUACGGACCCGCUGGCGCUGGAGCGGCAUUACGCCUUGCUCGUCAAGGUUACGCGGGUGCUUGGCGCGGCGAUCAUCAGCAGAGCCUCGCAUAAUCUGCUGCAGGGACGGCGGUUCCUGACGGAGCACCGCAUGCUCGUGAUGCACGUGCUGAAGCGGUCUGUGGGCAUCGGUUCCGGAGGCACGGGCCAGGCGGAGCGCAAGCUCGCUCAGCGUAUCGACGAGCUCGCCGAGGCGCUCCUCCUGAUUAUCUCCGCCACCGAGUUCCUCGAGUUCGAGGCUGGAUCUCUGCCCGAGUCCAAGCCAGGAGCCGUGCCGGUCUUUCACUAAUCAGCGAUGCCCGGAAGUGCUCGUGCACCGCGCGAAAGGUAUCCAGUCUUGCCGCGCUGGCCGUUCUCCCCCGUGGGGAGUGGCCUGUGCCGUGCGUCUUUGGAGGAGAAAACUACAGUACGCUAAAUAGACAUCUGGAGCAAAUAUGGAGAAUCUGCCUUCUUGCCGUAACGAUAGUUUCGGUUUGUGGUACUCUUCC